AUGGAAGGCUUCAAGACCGUGCAAGACGCCAUUAAUUCCAUCCCUUCUAACAACAAUCGAUGGACCAAAAUCCAUCUUCAGUCGGGUACCUACGUGGAACAAGUGACAAUUCCACAUGACAAACCAUGUAUAUUUCUAGAAGGUGAAGGCAGAAAAUCGACGAUCAUUACAUACAAUGAUCACAGUCAAACAGAUAAAAGUGCAACUUUCUCUUCUUACCCACCAAACGUUAUUGGCAAGGGCAUCACCUUCCAGGUUAUAAGCCGGCUCAUUGCCCUAUAUCGGGCCGGGGUAGUGCCGGCCCUAGCCGCUAGAGUCUACGGCGACAAGUCGGCCUUCUACGACUGCGGGUUCGUCGGCGUCCAAGACACAUUAUGGGACGCCGCCGGCCGCCAUUACUUCUCCAAUUGCUACGUCGAAGGAGCCGUCGAUUUCAUUUUCGGGAGAGGCCAAUCUUUCUACGAGGUACACGUCUUGCACAGUUGCACUUGUACUUUACAUUUUUGUCUAACCUUUCAUGAAUUAAUAGCUAGCCAUGGCAGGGAGAACGCCAACGACCCGAGCGGGUUCGUGUUCUCCGGCGGCCGGGUGGAAGACGGCGCCCCCGGCGUCCACACUCUCCUUGGGCGAGCUUACCGGAAGUACUCGAGGGUCAUCUUUCAGUCCACCUAUCUGUCCGCCGCCAUCGACCCUCGCGGAUGGGACGCUUGGCAUUACGCCGGCCAAGAGCAAAAUUUCGUCUACGUCGAGGCGGACUGUAGAGGGCCAGGAGCAGACAAAUCGAAGCGAGUUCCAUGGGAGAAGAACUUGGACCCGCGUGAUCCUUCCCUCUUGAGGCAGUUCUCCAAGGAGGUGUUUGUGGACCAAGAUGGUUGGAUUGCCAACCAACCCACCUCCUAA